AUGGGUCAGCCUAAUGCAAAGGAAUCCAAACACAAGGGGGCACGGUCAAGUACGGGUAUGAUAUUACAUGACCCUUCGUCUAUGAUGACAGGUGUGGGAUUGAUCCCCUCGACGGUUCGCGAUAUUGUGCUCCAAACCGGGCAUGGGUCCGGGGGUAAUCCAGUGUACUCCCGUCAUGCAGAAACUACAAGUGUAGGCCAAGGGAUACAGCGAGGCCACGGCCCCAUACCCACCCAACAUUUUAGUAAUUCAAAUGUAGCCUUUCCCGUCGUUUUACGCUACCUGGACCAGGACGUGAAGACGCUGCUGGCGCGUCGAGUGCAAGUCUGCGUGGCGGUAGAGGCGAUGGACUGGAAACCGCUGCUGAUGACGCCGAGCACGGACUCCUUUUACGCCCUGUUGGAGCUUCCACCGGGGAAGUAUAAAUAUCGAUUCAUCAUCGAUGGAAAGGAGGUCGUGGACAGCACCCAACCACUGGCACCGCAGGAAGACACGUCCUCCCUACCGCCAACAACCGACAACGAAGGAAAGGACCCCCAUGAGAAUUCCACCAACGAAGUUAAUGCCGUCCUAAACAGAGUGAUAGAACGACGUCCUGCCAACCUGAUCGUGCUCGAUGAGUCCUCGCUGAACGUGGAGGAAACCGAUGGCUACGACCCCAUAGACGAUGAAAAAGGCUGGGGACAGGAGGAGACCAUCUCCGAGGAAUCGCGCAAGUACCCCCCCCUCAUUCCACUUCAUCUGCGCUAUACCCCCCUUAAUUCGCCCCCGACCUUGGUGCGGUGCGCACGCAAUGGGUGCCUUUCCGUCGUGGACGCCUCGUCGGCCGGGAACUCGGACUGCGCCCAGCCGGAGCACCUCCCUUUGCCUCUGAGCGUGACCAUCAACCACGUCUACUUCCAGCGCCGCGAGGACCACGCGGUGAUGGGGGUCACCACACGGCAUAGCGAUAAGUUCACAACGGUCGUGUACUACACCCCGCUUCCUGUACAGUAG